AUGGAUAUUUCCUGUAUUCAGGUGCACGCUCAGAAUCUUGAGGAGCGUCAGCAGCAGCGGAGGGUUGAGCGUGAGCAUGAUAGGGGUUAUAGUAAGAGAGCUAGAUCUUUCGGUGCUGGUUCCAGAGCUUUAGGAUCUCAGUAUAGAGGUGAUUCAAGCCAGAUGAGGCCACAUUUACCACGAUGUGCUCAGUGUGGCAAGCUACACACUGGACAAUGCCGCUUGGAUUCAGAUGCUUGUUAUGACUGUGGUCAGCCAGGUCACCUUAUGCGUGAGUGUCCAUCAAGAGGUGCUAAAGGUAUAGUCCUGCCUACGAGAUCAGUGUCUGGCUCAUCAUCAUCUGUACACCCACCGGGGCAAAGCUCUCAGACAUCAGUAGGCCGCGAUAGAG